CAUAACUAUAAAUGAUGAUAUAAUUCCUCAAAAAGUCAGCUCAAAAUACUUCAGAUAACUCGUUGAUCACUUAAUUUAAAGCAACUUCUCACUGAAAGCAAAAACCAUGUUGUUGGGACUUGCAGGGAAAGCUCCACACUCGAACUGUGCUUUUUUCACUUCCGUGGGAGAGAAGUUGUUGCUACAAAGGAGUUCCGCAUUCAUAAUAGCUCAAGCUCAUCAGACAAGAAAUUUGGUCUGUUUGCGUGGUGCAAACAAACCAGCCCAUCAUCAGAAAAGUUCAAUCUUCGCAUCGGCAGUUCGUUCACACAAACUAACCAAUCACAUCUCAGCUUUGCAAGGAUUCAACUUCACACAACUCCUUAAGAUGUCGAGUGAGUCGCAAUGUCGCCAGAACUUCCACGAGGAGUGUGAGGCGGGAGUGAACAGACAGAUCAACCUAGAGCUGACAGCCUCCUAUGUCUAUGACUCACUCGCCUUCUACUGCCACAGAGACGACGUCGCCCUCCCCAACCUGCACAAGUUCUUCCGGAAGAGUUCGGAGGAGGAGCGCGAACAUGCGGAGAAGUUGAUGAAAUAUCAGAACAAGAGAGGAGGCAGAGUUGUGCUGCAGGACAUCAAGAAACCUGCACAGUUGAAGGGUGAGUUUGCGAGUGUAGUGGAACUGCUCUCAGUGGCACUUCAGUUGGAACGAGAUGUCAACCAGUCUCUGCUGGAACUACAUGAUCUGGCUGAGAAAAAUGCAGACGCCCAAUUCUCUGACUUCAUAGAAGGAGAGUUUCUCAAAGAACAGGUGGACGCUAUCAAGGAGUUGGGUGAUCUGCUGACGAGAGCCAAGAGGUGCGGACCCGGGUUGGGAGAGUUCCUGUUUGACGUUGAAGCGCUCAACUAGAGACCGACAUCAGAAGAAUUAAGAAACUAAGAAACUACAAGGAAUUAGAACCUAUAAUUCUCGAAGUCGGUUGUUAUUUCUGAUUCUUCGAU